AUGGAUAGAAAAGGGAACAUGCGGCGCGCCACUUCGGAUGGAUACCGUUUACCAGACCGACCAAACGGUCCUAUUGCCUCGCAGUCCUCUGUCUCAGUGUUCAGGCAUUCAACAAGCAGGACACGAAACACCGAGAUACAGGCACAAGACGAUGACACCCGAGACCCGGUAAAACAGGACCAGGUUUGGAGAGAGUUUGUGCGCGCUGAGCGAACCGGAGUGAAGGAAUGGGAGAAUAACUGGAGUUUCCUGAAGAACUUUGACCAGCAGGGUCAUCCACGAAUAGAGACUCCUCUACCCAGCGUGGAGUCUUUGCAUUCAGAUAGAGUCCCAAACACUACUAACCAAAUGUUCGGCAGUGGUUUGUACACUGAGCUGGGCAAGGAGCUGAUUCACAUGGACAGUCUGCUAAUCCUGACAACAAAUUGCCGCAAGACCAAAAGAAAUCCAGAGAUUCAACCUUGUUGA